GGGGAGAGCCGGCUCCCGCGGUGUGCCGGCGAUGUGGGCACCGCUUCGCUCGCCUAGCAGAGUCCCUCUGCCAGGCAGGCCACGGAUCUACAGAUUACCUCUAUGACCGCUGCCCUGCUCUGCACGAAAUUAGAAAAUGCACAAAACAGCUGGUCAAGUGCUGUCCGGAUGCAACCUGCGGCGCUGGGCUACCGAGCCGGGGCGGCCCCGCAGCCGCAGCCGCGGCUCCGGCCGGGCACGGCGCAUCCCCGCCGACCGGGCGGGCACCCCCGGCCCCUGCACCCCCGGCCCCGGGGCUCAGCCUGUAUCUCCAGGGCACGGGAAAGCCCGGGGGACCGGCCGCAGCGGGGAGCUAGCCGGGUGGCGGUGUGGGUGCCCCGGCACCCCGAGCACCCCCUCGCCGGCAGCCCCAGGGGCUCCCCCGCGCCGCGGUGUCUGCGAAGCCCCGGCGGCCCGGGGGAUCGGGCCCACCUCGGCCCCGCGGCGCUGGGGGGCUGCACGCCGCCACCUUGCAGUCCCCUUGUCCCCGGGCGCGGAGGGGUGCCGCCCGGUUACCGGCGUGUCUGGCGCCGGCGGAGCCGCCGCUACCGGCCGGCGCGGCGGCCAGCCCCGGGCAUGCCGAAAGCCCCCCGGCAGCCGAGCCGGAGCACAGCCCAGCGCCCGCCCUCCCUCUCCCUCUCCCUCUCCCUCUCCCUCUCCCUCUCCCUCUCCCCUCCUGCCCUUUUGCUGUCCCGCCCGGUUCGGCCUUGUCCCUGUCCCGUUCCCCGCCGUGCCUGCCCCGUGCCUGUCUCUGUCCGUCUCCUCCCCUGUCUCUCUCUCUGUCCCUGCGCUUUUCAGUCCUUGUCCUCUCUUCUCCCUCUCCCCACCUGUCUCUAUCUCCCUCCCCAGUCCUGUUCUUGCCCGGUCCUCUCCCUCCCCCGACUCUGUCUGUGCCCGGUCGCUCCCACUGCCCGUGUCCCCGCCCGUGUCCCUGCCCCGGCCCCGGCCCCGGCCCCGGCCCCGGCCCCGGCCGGCCCGUCAGCCCCGGAGCUGUCCCUUCAGCACCACCCGCACCGCCGGCGGGUCCCUCCGCCUCCCCCCGAGCAGCACCCGGGGCCCCGGGGAGGAGAAGGGUGUGCUUGGGGCUCCGCGGUCCUGACAAGUCCCACAGGGAGAGCAGGCGGUGGGAAGGGACGUCCUGCCCUCUCCAGCCUGCAGAGCAUCCUUCCUUCCCACUAUGUGGGUGAGGCUUCAGCGUGUCUCCCCGCUGCCCCAAAGCUGCCCCUGUUGGAACCAGCAUCUGAGGCAAGGGGAAAUCUGGGGGAGAGUCUCUGCAGGUUCAAAGCCUCCCCGGGUUUGCAGGGCACCUUUGCACAACAGCAGGUAGCUAGGAAAGGCUUUGAGCUGGGCAGGUGGUGCCUGGGCAGUAUGACAUGCUGGCAGAAGCUUUGCAGACGUGUGUUUGCCCUCUGACAGCUGCACACCCCCCCCCCCCCCCCCCCCCCGCCCACCCACGCAGUCCUUGUA